ACCUCGUGCACCAUGAAGUGGCUCGUCCUGGCCCUGCUGUGUCUGCAGCUCUCCGAGGGGUUGGUGAGAAUCAAACUGAAGAAAGGCAAAUCCAUCCGGGAGAACAUGAAGGAGGCUGGAGUGUUGGAGGACUACCUGAGGAAGAUUAAACAUCAUGCAGCUAAGAAAUACCCCUCUAGAGAGGACUUUGUGGUGUAUGAGCCCAUAACCAGCCAUCUGGAUUCCUCCUACUUUGGGGAGAUCAGCAUCGGGGACCCCCCCCAGAACUUCACAGUGCUCUUUGACACCGGCUCCUCCAACCUGUGGGUGCCCUCCACCUACUGCAAGACCCCAGCGUGCUACAACCAUGUGAAGUUCAGGCCCCGAGAGUCCUCCACCUUCAUCACCAACGGGCAGACCUACACCCUCUCCUAUGGCAGCGGCACACUCACGGUGCUGUUGGGCUAUGACACAGUAAGGAUCCAGUGCAUCACAGUCACAAACCAGGAGUUUGGGCUCAGUAAGGACGAGCCAACACAGCCUUUCUACUAUGCGGAUUUUGAUGGGAUCCUGGGAAUGGCCUACCCCUCGCUGGCAGUGGGAGGGACGCCCACUGUGCUGCAGGGAAUGCUGGAGCAGAACCAGCUCUCCGAGCCCAUCUUCAGCUUCUACUUCUCCCGCAAACCCACCUACAACUAUGGAGGAGAGCUCAUUCUUGGAGGAGUUGACCCUCAGCUCUUCUAUGGGGACAUUACAUGGGCACCAGUGACCCAGGAGCUCUACUGGCAGGUUGCGAUUGAUGAGUUCGCUAUCGGGGAGUCAAUGAUGGGUUGGUGCAGCCGGGGCUGCCAAGGCAUCGUGGACACAGGGACGUUCCUGCUGACGGUGCCCGAGAGAUACAUAGAGAGCUUCCUCCGGGCCCUGGGAGCCCAGCUCACCAGCUAUGGGUAUGCAGUUGACUGCAAUGAGAUCCAGAACAUGCCUGCCAUCACCUUCAUCAUCAAUGGAGCUCAGCUCCCACUCUACCCCUCUGCCUACGUCUUCAAUAACAACGGUUACUGCACUCUGGGCAUCGAGGUCACCUACCUGCCUUCCCAGAACAGGCAGCCGCUCUGGAUCUUGGGCGAUGUCUUCCUCAAGCAGUAUUACACCAUCUUCGACAUGGCAAACAACCGCAUUGGCUUUGCCCCAUCACUGUAG